AUGAUAGCUCUGCGGACACCCGUCUCGCUCCGUCACCUCGUUGUCGCCGGCGGCCAGCGGAACCAAUGCAUCGGAGGCGACAGGAAGCGCGGUCGCGCGCAGCGGCGCCACUUCACGGGGGCGCUGGAGAGCCUCUGGAGGCACGGUCCCCACCCUUGUCGCCCCCAGGCGCCCGCCGCCGCUGCCCGCAGAGGGUCCGACGCCUCGUGGCAGCCACCGGUCCUUGAGAACGCUGCCUUCGAGGAGUACUACAAGGAGCAACAAAUCGUUCGCGAGGAGGAGUGGGAUGCCUUCAUGAGCGUGCUCCGGAAACCAUUACCGGCGACGUUUAGGAUUAAUGCUAGCUGUCGGUUUUUGGGAGACAUUUGCUCAAAAUUAGAAAAUGACUUCAGGAGAUCUUUGGAGUGUGAGGUUAGUGAAUAUGGAGAAGACUUCAUCAGUCCCUUGACUUGGUAUCCAGGAAAUCUUGCAUGGCGUUUGAACUUCUCUAGGAAGCAACUCAGGAAAACUGAGGCACUUGAGAGUUUUCAUGAGUUUCUAAAGCAUGAGAGCGAGGUUGGUAACAUAACUAGGCAAGAGGCUGUUAGCAUGGUUCCACCACUAUUUCUGAAUGUACAGCCUGAUCACCAUAUUCUUGACAUGUGUGCUGCUCCAGGAUCUAAAACAUUCCAGCUACUCGAGAUGAUUCACCAAUCAAAAGAGCCAGGGCUACUUCCAAGAGCACUGGUCAUAGCUAAUGAUUUCAAAGCGCAGAGAUGCGACCUUCUCAUCCAUAAUACAAAGAGAAUGUGUACUGCCAACCUGAUAGUGACAAACCAUGACGCACAAAAUUUCCCCAGCUGUUCUCUUGCGAAGGAGCAUUCAGAAACUGAAAAAGAUCAUCACAAACCACAACGGUUAGAAUUCGACAGUGUACUUUGUGAUGUCCCCUGUAGUGGUGAUGGGACUAUACGGAAAAGUCAUGACAUGUGGAGAAAGUGGAACUCAAGCAUGGGGAACGAAUUUCAUCUUCUCCAAGUAAACAUUGCUAUGCGUGGCAUUGCCUUACUUAAAGUGGGUGGUAGGAUGGUUUACUCAACUUGCUCAAUGAAUCCUAUUGAAAAUGAAGCUGUUGUAGCUGAGCUUCUUCGGAGAAGUGGAAACUCUGUUGAACUACUUGAUGUUUCUAAAGAGCUACCAGAAUUGGUCCGCCGUCCUGGACUUAGCACUUGGAAGGUUAAUGAUAGAGGAUCUUGGUGGCAGACACAUGAAGAUGUUUCUCACGAUAGAAAGAAUGUAAUACUGCCGAGUAUGUUUCCUUCAAGUAAAAGCAAGUAUGAAGGUCAUGUAGUGUAUAACAACGUUGAUGCCAAAUUGGAGUACAGUACGAGCUUCUCAAGAAAUUUCAAAAUCGAAGAAAUGAGCAAUGUUAAUUGUGAUACUGGUGGAGUUUCAACUAGUAUUUCCACUCAAAGUUCAGAUUAUACUUCGAACAGUGUGGGCUCAAAAUCUCCUCUCAGUCGAUGCAUGAGAAUCAUUCCGCAUGACCAAGAUGGUGGAGCAUUUUUUAUUGCAGUUAUUCAUAAACUAUCUCCAUUAAAUGAGAGCCAGAUGACCGAGGUGGGAAAAACUGAGCACCCGCUCUCAACAACGAGGACUGUGGGACUUCAGGAACAAUAUCAACCAGAAAUAACUGCACCUGUAAAAAAAAUGAUGCAUCAGCAUGGAAUUGUUUCUGAAGUUCGUGGUGAUAACAAAUUGCCUGUUGAGCAGAAAAAAUUAAGUGUGGACAACCAAACUUCAAAGCAUAAUAACUUAAUUGGAGCUAAAAUGGAGACUGAUGAUGUAAAACAUAGUCAAACAAAAUCAGGUGAUAUAAGUCAUGGAACAAAGAAGUUGGACUGCCAGUACAAGUGGAAAGGGAUUGACCCUGUGCUGUUUUUUGAGGAUGAUGCCGUGAUUAAAAAUAUAGUAUCUUUCUUUGGUAUUGAGGAAACGUUUUCACUCGAAGGUCGUCUGGUGACAAGAAGUACUGAUAAUGCAAGGAGAAUAUACUACAUAUCAAAAUCGGUACAGGAAAUUUUGGAACUGAAUGUACAAGUUGGCGAGCAGAUUAAAAUUGCUUCUGUUGGCGUAAAGAUGUUUGAAAGACAUAGGUCAAAGGAUGGUUGUUCAUGUGCAUAUAGGCUAUCUUAUGAGGGGCUGUCAUUGCUCUUCCCAUACAUGAGGAAGCGAAUACUAUGUGCUUCUCCAGUGGAUUUCCAACAACUUUUACAAUGCAGGACCAUUAACUUUGCUCAUUUUACUGAUGCUAGAUUUGGGGAGGAAGCUUCAUCGUUGAUGCCUGGUUGCUGUGUUGUAGUGCUGCGUGAAGGGCAUCAAGAUGCCGAUUCCGUAGCCAUGGAUCCCUCCACAAUUGCCAUUGUUUGCUGGAGAGGAAAAUCAACUAUGAAUGUUUUAGUUUCCCCACCUGAUCGUAAGGAACUACUUGAAUAUCGCUUUGGAUUCAAAGAAUUCAAAGUUGAAGAUGAGAAACCUAACAAGGACAUUACUGGAUUAGAUGAGGGGAACUGAUAACAGACUAGAGAUGGAUUAUCAGAACUUGCAUCGCAUGCUAACGAGGCAGAGAAAACAGAGUUGACACUCCAAUGUCAGGAUUUUGCUGAUGAAUCUUGAAGGACUAUUUAGAGCAACAUGAAUAUGACAUCUGUUGGUUUCA